AUGUCGCAUGAGAAGUUGCCCAGUCUCAAGGAGAUCAUCCGCGUUUUGGCCACGUACAAUGGAAGAGACAAGGCGGUUAGGUAGGUUGUUGAAUUUUUAACUUAAAAAAAAGUUUUUUUUAAAGAGGCUUAGCGAUGUUUUUGAAUUUUUCAGACUGUGUUUAUGGGAAUGUUGUGUUUUUUGGGCGUUUUAAAAUCGGUUUCAGUAGUUUAGAGGGCAGUGUUGACGCAAAAUCAAUUUUUCCCGCACAAAACUGGCAAAGACAUUGCAAAAAAUGCUUUUUCUCUGAACGUUCUCCGAAUUUUACGUACUCUCUCGGCCAUAAAAAUCAUUCAAUUUCUCGGCUGUCUCUGAAGAGCGCGAGAUAAACCUUUCCGGAAGUUAUAAGUGGCCUAUUCCCGGCGUGAGUGCAAAAUUUACAGAAAAUCUGAGCGUCUCGCUUAUUUUCCAUGCUUCUACAGUGACGGACAUGAUCCAGUGGCCAAAGACGUAGCACUUUUCUUCCGGGAAGUGUCAAGAAAUGUAGCAAAAUGCCUCCCCUCCAACUAAAAAACUCCGUUUUGAAGGGCUCCCUCACAAAAAGAGCGGGCGCGCGCUUGAAAUCGAGGUUUUUUCACUCGGAGAGGGAGGUAUUUUGCCACAUUUUUUGAUCCUCCCCGGAUGCAAAAUAGUGCGUUUUUGCCACUGAAUCCGGCCCAACACUGUAGGUGGAUGGAAAAAGACUAUUUUUUGUGAGAAAAAUUGCUCUUUUCAGUUGAAAUAAGCCCAAAUUUUUUCAUCCGUUAAUCGCAAAAACUAUUGUUGAAUUUUUAUCAACUUUCGGUCAAAAAAUCUCAAUUUUUCUUGGAAAGCGCUACCUAAAAGUCAAGUCCGUGACUUCCUCAAGUCAUGCUUUCCGUAACAAUCACUUGUAACUUCCCAAAUUACAUGCAAAUUGAGCAAUUUGAACCUAAAAACAACCAUACCUAACGACCGAGUUAACCCGAUUAAGGAGCAUUCGUUGAUUGAGCAUUCGAAACGAAUGAAACCUCGAGUCCUUAUCAUUCGACUGUUGCCGAUUAGACAAUAAAAAAGUGGAGACAAAUUUGGAGCACAUUGCUUUGCUUUUUUGGCGCUUUUUGGAAUGAAAAAAUAGAGAAUUUUAGAAAUGAUGUGUUUUUGAUGACAACAAAGAUACUUGUGGUUGCAAGGCUCGGAAUGCCUUCAAAUUUUGCUUGUAUUAUCUGUCUAGAGCAGCCUUUGAUUCCUAAAAAUUUUAGCUCACUGUUUGCAGGAAGAGCCGAGAUAUUCGACGAUCUUUGCGGCCGAGAGAGUACGCGAAAGGCGGAGAGCGGUCAGAGAAGAAAAAACUUUUUAGGCUGUAUCUUUGCCAGUUUCACGCGGAAAAAAUUGAUUUUUUGUGGAAGCAUUACUCUCUACGGAAGAAAUAAGGAUGAAACUUUUCAAGGCAAAAUUUUCAAAAAAUUUCAAAUUUUCACCAACCUGACUAAAAAAUCUCAGUUAUAUGUAUUUUGCAAAAUGUAAUCAUGGGGCCAUGAUAUGCGUCGCCGAAGUGAAAAAGGCUUAUUCUGGCCUAAAAUUGAUUCCGACGACUUUUUUUGUCAUAGAGAGGGUGCUCAUUAUUUUCCCGACAGACUGAAAAAAUAUUUUUUUAUUGGUCUUUCAAAUCCUUAGGCUACAAUUUUCAUCUUAUCAAAACUAAAUAUCACAUCAAAAAAAAGUUUUUUUUAAAAAUCUAAUGAUUAGAAUAUUCAAAUUUCGAAAAAUUCAAAUCUCCAAAUUUCAGAUGCAUCUACUUCUCGUUGAUCCUGCUCUCCACCAAAGUCGGAGACCCCGAGAUUGCGAAGAAAAUCUUUUCGUUAGCAAAAGAGCUGAGUAAAUCGCGUCUCAUCUUCCGACAGCUCAACAUUCCGUCUCUGUUCUACACGGCCUCCAAAGUGCCGGACGAUCUGGAGCACUCCCGAGACUUGGUGGACACAGGCCUUGCUGGCACUGUUACUUGGAUCUUCAGUGUGCAGAAUGUCAUCGAAUUGCUGGCCUACUUAUCGGACCAUCAACUUGUCAGCGUAGAGACCGCGAAAUGGUUCCGUUGGGCGCUGUAUUUGUGGGUUCUGGCCAUGUUUCAUGGCCUCAUUCGACUUGCAUGGCGAUUGCGGAGGGCCUCAAGGCAACGCGAAAACAACGAGCUGUCCGAGAAGGCGUAUCAGGAGGUCACGAAAAGCGAUCGGAUCGCCUUAUUAGGCCUGGGAUCGGACUUCAUUGCGGGCGUCGCAUCCCUGCCCCAUCGAUUCCUGUGGGCCGGACGGUUGAGCAAAGCGCAGCACGCCGCUUUUUCUCUGGUUGCUUCGUUUGUUGGGUUAUAUAAAUGCUUCUAA